AAGUGUCCAGACUGGAAGGGGGGGGAAAGUGUCCAGACUGGAAGGGGGGGAAAGUGUCCGGACUGGAAGGGGGGGAAAGUGUCCAGACUGGAAGGGGGGAAAGUGUCCAGACUGGAAGGGGGGGAAAGUGUCCGGACUGGAAGGGGGGGAAAGUGUCCGGACUGGAAGGGGGGGAAAGUGUCCGGACUGGAAGGGGGGGGAAAGUGUCCAGACUGGAAGGGGGGGAAAGUGUCCGGACUGGAAGGGGGUGAAAGUGUCCAGACUGGAAGGGGGGGAAAGUGUCCAGACUGGAAGGGGGGGAAAGUGUCCAGA